AUGGAACAUAAUGCAAAGGAGCGAAUUCGAAGAAUGAAGCUUAAUGCAUCUUAUCUCGCCCUACGUGAAUUGAUGCCUCGUUCCAGAAGAUCGUCAAAGAAAAGAUGGGCUGCACCAGCUAUAGUUGAUAAAGUUCUCGAGUAUAUUCCGGAGCUGAAAAGUGAGAUAGAAGCAUUGAGGUCGAAGAAGGAAAGCGCGAAUAUUAUUAUUUCAGCGGCGAAAAACAAAAAUAUAAUUCCCACUUCGAAAUGCCAAUUAAUUCCAGCGGUUCUACUCAACAAAAUUAAUCAAGAAGAAGCAACGGUUCAGAUUAGCAUUGCAAGAUCGGAAGGAGAAGAAUAUGAUCAAAAUGGAUAUUUGACAUCAUUGUUCACGAAUUUGCUGCAACGUUUAGAAGAUGAGGGCAUUUGUGUCAAAAAUGCUUCCACGCUUUACGUCUACGAAAGUAGAUUAAUCUGCUACAAUUUGCACAUCCAGAUAAACAAUACUACAUCUGGAGCUGACUUCAACAUUGAAGAACUGAAUACUGACAAGGUGAUUUCUUGGCUGAGAUGA